GACUUUUGCAAGUUUAGUUAUCGACUGUUCAAGUUCAAGGCUUAUUAAGUUUUGUGGGAUUAACAAUUACAGUAUGACUCCUGUAGUAAUGCUUUCGUUUGUGUAACUUCUGCAAGAGAUGUCCGAAGGACAAGUGAACCUCAUUAGAAUAAAGUGCUCUUUGUUAGUCAUGUGGAGUACUGUAAGGGAGGAAGGAUGUUCAUCUUAGCUUGCUUCGUCUUCGUCUCCUUUAGCUUACUUCGUCUCCUUCGUUUCCUUGGAUUGUUGACAGUUUGUCAAUCAACGGACACAUUACUCGAGAAAGGGGAGGAAGUAAUAAUGGAGGGCUAUUUAUCAUUGGCUAUUAAUGGAUGCAGUAAAUAAAUGGUAUGAAUAACAGCUGAUUACAACACGGUCAGAUGGCGGUGAAUUCUGUUUUGGUAAUGCAGUUACUUUGCUCAGUAAACCAGUUCAUGGGGAGUCGGAGCAGUCGGAGCAACGGAUCCAGAAAAGUCGUUGUAAACAUGCGCCUGUGCGAUACUGCUCGCCACCUACGUCUGAGAGUGACGAUCAUUCAAGAAGCGCUUCAAUCCAACGUGAUGAUGUUGGUCCGCUGUUACCGGAGGCACAUUCUCAAAGACGUGAAAGACGCUUGGCACAUGCUCGACGUUUUGGCAUUGAUCCUCCGCCGCAAACUGUCGAUAUCGAGGAAAAUGAAGUGGAUGAGUUGUACCGUUCCAUGGAUGUCCAAGUGCGCAGUUCUCGUCACAGACUUCAUUCUGUAUAUGUGCGAGGUGUUGAUGGCCUUUCUACAUAUCAAAUUGAAAAAAUAUUCGCUGAAUUUGAUCCGGUAGCGGUUGAAAUGAUUGAUGAAGUGAGCUGUAAUGUCAUUUGGAAUGAUCGUUUUGCUGUCGCUAAAAUGAUGCUAGAGAUGACAAAACCAUUGAAACGAGUUCGUAGCAGUCGCCAAGUGGAAGAGGGUGAAGUCGCGGAUAGUGGCGAGGAAGAAGAAGAUGGCGAAAUGCGAGAGGAGCAGGGAGAUGAUGUUACGAUCAGUAUGGUUAAAGGAUCGAUGUCGAAUAAGAGAAAUACGGAAGCCAAUGUAAUUGAAGUAGAAGUUGAUCAAGUUGAAAUACCACCUGGAAAAUGGCGUGUAAUAACAAAACAUGUUGGACAUAAGCGGCUGAUUAUAUUGCGAUUCAGUUUAAGAGAAGAUAUAGCAAAAGGUCGCAAGAGUUCUAUGGAUAAACGAGGAAAAAUUACUUCAGAUUCAGUGGAUCCGGAUGGUUAUACCUAUAAAUGGAUGAAUCGAAGAAAUCGAGUGCGACCCGGGUUAAAUAUCUUUGAUGAGAAGGGUAACGAGCUAGAAUGGGAUUAUGAGCAUGAUACGAGAUUUUAUGAAGACCUGGGAAAAACAGUGGAAGCAAAGAAGGACAACUCGCCAAUACCGGCGGAUGACAAAGUGAUUAUUGUCGGUACGAGAAAACACAAAAUUAAGACACGUGGGCGUGGAGCAAAACGAUUUAAAACUGUUGCUGAUUUGUCGUCUGAUAUUGGAUCGUUGGCAGCUGAUCGCGAAGACCUUCACCCACUGAAAAGAAAGUUCGCAAGUGUCACUGAUGGAAAUGCUAUUAGAAAUGAAGAUGAAAGCGAUCUGAGCGACGAUCGGGAUCCCAGUCCAACACCGCAGCCUUGGGAUUUGAAGAAAACUGGUGUUCAUUUGCGCGUCGUUGUACCGAAAAUGAAAGGUGACAAAAAGUGAUUAAAACUGACACAAUUGUUUCGAACCAGAGAUGGUAACAGCAGUAGUUAACUUUAGUUGCAAAGCUUUUAAAGGCGGAAAGUCUGAUGGUUGGGAUACAACUUUCUCAUAAUUAGGAAGAAACUGUUCUAUAUAGUAAAGAGAAAUGCAGGAAAAAAAAGAUGAAUUGAGAUGAAGUUACGAACGGAAAUUGAU